AUGCUGGGGGCGGCGGCAGGGCCCGCUCUGGGCGGCUCGGAGCAACGCUUUAGCGUCCUGACCUGGGAGCAGGUGCAGCGGCUGGACCAGAUCCUGGGCGAGGCUGUGCCCAUCCACGGCCGAGGAAACUUCCCCACGCUCUCCGUCAGGCCCCGCACCAUCGUCCAGGUGGUGCGCAGCCGUCUGGAGCAGAAGGGAGUUGCAGUGCACAACGUGAGGCUGAACGGCUCCGCUGCCAGCCACAUCCUGCACCAGGACAGCGGCCUGGGCUACAAGGACCUGGACCUCAUCUUCGGUGUUGAUCUGAAGACCGAGGAUGUCUUCCAGCUGGUCAAAGAUGUGGUCAUGGAUUGCCUUCUGGACUUCCUGCCAGAAGGGGUCAACAAGGACAAGAUCACCCCCAUGACCCUGAAGGAGGCCUAUGUGCAGAAGCUGGUGAAGGUCUGCAACGAGAGUGACCGCUGGAGCCUCAUCUCCCUCUCCAACAACAGCGGCAAGAACGUGGAGCUGAAGUUCGUGGACUCCCUGCGGCGGCAGUUCGAGUUCAGUGUGGACUCCUUCCAGAUCAUCCUGGAUUCCCUCCUGCUCUUCGGGGAGUGCUCAGAGAACCCCAUGGCUGAGAACUUCCACCCCACGGUGACUGGGGAGAGCAUGUAUGGGAACUUCGAGGAGGCCAUGGACCACCUCCGCAGCAGGGUCAUCGCCACCAGGAACCCGGAGGAGAUCAGAGGUGGGGGGCUCCUGAAGUACUGCAACCUCUUGGUGAGGGGCUUCAAGCCCAAGUCAGAGGUGGACAUGAAGGCACUACAGAGGUACAUGUGCUCCAGGUUCUUCAUAGACUUCUCUGACAUCGGUGAGCAGCAGCGGAAGCUGGAGUGCUACCUCCAGAGCCACUUUGUGGGGAUGGAGAGCAAGAGGUAUGACUACCUGAUGACCCUGCACAGGGUGGUCAAUGAGAGCACAGUCUGCCUCAUGGGACACGAGAGGAGGCAGACCCUCAACCUCAUUGCCAUGCUGGCUGUGAGGGUCCUGGCUGAGCAGAACAUCAUCCCCACAGUCACAAACGUUACCUGCUUCUACCAGCCAGCUCCCUACAUCAGUGAGAUAAACUUCAACUACUACAUCACUCACGUGCAGCCCUUCCUGCCCUGCAACCAGCCCUACCCAACGUGGCUGCCCUGUAACUGAGCCAGGGCUGUCCUCCUCUGAGGUAUUUCCUUGCCUUGGAGUAGGGACUGGGGGGAGGGUUGCAAAAAGAGACAAAGACAAAAAAAAAAAGACAACAGAAACCUUCCUGGAACUGCAAUGAGAGGAAGCUUCCUGGACUCUUGCUUGAGUGUCUUGUUCCUGAGGUGCUUGGAACAAGAGCCAUCUGCUGCACACUAUGAUGGGAGGUGCAGUGUGAUGGAGGUUGGAUGCACCUGGACCUUUGUGGGAAGAUUCCAUUGCUUGUAGAGUUCUGGAAGG